AUCAGUGCAGAGGUUACCAUAGUGAAAUCAUGUCGCUAAGUGUCUGAUUACCUGUACAAUAGUACUGAAAAUAAUCCUUACCUGGUGAUCCAGUCAUCACUACACUUGAGAUAAUAGACCUGGAGAUGUGCCGGUGAUGAAGUGAUAUGGACAGUUUCGGUACAUCAGCGGAGAGAGAAAGAGAGUUAGUCACGCCUAGCAAAAUCCCAGCCUAGUUUACUCGUGAUCCUGCCUAAUGCCACACAGAAACUUAAGAUAAACUAUUUCUUAGCGCCACGCAGGAGCCUAGCGUACUUUUCUAUUACUUUGGUCUCACUUAAAACUAAAACUCAACAUUAUUCUAAGAAGACGUUACUUCGUUCAUCAUGUUUUGCUUAACUUGAGAAGUAAGACCUAAGAAAACAGAGAAAGUUUCAGGAUUACUGUGCUGUUGCGAGUUGCUUCCUCACCACCAGAGACAUCAUCACGAUGGCUUUCAAAGCUUUGACGAAAGUAAGAGUGAAGGUGGACGUGAAGCCGGUUAUGGAGAACUUGGUGUUCCGUCUCCACUACCGCUACACCUACCUCAUAUACAUGACGUCCGUGGUGCUCUCCACCUUACACGGUAUUAUUGGCAAGAAGAUUGACUGUAUGAGUGGGGUACCUUCGCCGUCCUUCGGGAAGGUGGUCAACAACUACUGCUUCAUCAUGGGUACCUUCACCGUGGACCGGCUCCAUGGGGUCAAGGUGGGGGUCGACGCCCCCCAUCCCGGCGUGGGACCCCACAAAUCAGAAGAAGCAAUCACCUUCCACACUUAUUAUCAAUGGGUACCUUUCGUGCUCUUUUUCCAGGGCGUGAUGUUCUACCUGCCCCACUGGCUGUGGAAGGCUUGGGAGGGCGGCCUCUUCAAACAGGCAAUUCAGAACCUCGCUAUCCGAGACUAUCUGGGAAAAAACCUCAAAAACUACGUCAAUCGGAAAGAUAUGUUUCGCACCUUGUCGAAGUACGUGAUUCACCACAUGGACAGACACACAACAUGGGCGCACAAGUUCUUCUUCUGUGAAUUCCUCAACCUGGGCGUGGUGAUAGCCACUCUCUUCUUCACUGACUGGUUCCUGGGCGGCGAGUUUCUCACAUACGGCUCCAACGUGUUUGCUGUAUCUGGGAUGGACCCAGAGAACCGGACGGACCCGAUGUCCUUCGUCUUCCCCAAGAUGGCUAAAUGCACCUUCAGGAGCUUCGGAGCUUCAGGAACCAUCCAGGUGCGAGACGUCAUGUGUCUCAUCGCUACUAACAUCAUCAACGAGAAGAUCUACAUCUUCCUGUGGGUGUGGCUGGUGCUGCUGACCACCGUCACCUCUCUCUGGCUGGUCUUCCGCCUCCUCACCAUCUUCAUUCCAUGGCUCAGAUAUUUUAUCUUGAGGAUGCACACGAACGAGGCAGCGAGAGUACAAGUUAGUCGCGUGAUGAAGGAGGUCUCCCUCAGCCAGUGGUUCCUCCUCCUCAGUCUGGCUCAUAACAUGGAGUCCAGCAUCUUCAGCGAGUUCCUCAUCCACUUCGAUAACGAGCUGGAAACAUCCUCCAACCCUAAAAUCCUCCGCAACAGCGAGGAGUCUUGAAAUUGAAAUAGCGUCUUCAGGAAGUUUCUCAUUCGCUUCGCUAUAGCGAGUGUUUACGAAUGCAUGAACUGUAUUAUAGACUACGCUUUUUUUCUUGUGACAAAUAUUGCCUUAUUUUUUACUGAUGAUGCUGUAUUGUUUACGGAUUUAUGCGUCUUAAUGACUCAAGUUAAUUAUGUUGGGGAUAUACUCUACGUAUAUUCCUUGUCAUAUAACAAUUUGAUAAAAAUACUUUCAUCAACAUUAAAUUCGAAGAAAAUGUUUACAAAUAUUAUCAGUUUACUGAGAUACUGUUCAUAGCUUAGGCUUUAUAUCUCGUUACUAAAUGUUAACGUCAAUUUUAAGUAAGCUAGCUGUAGUAUACAGAUGCCAAGGACACGUAGUAUUUAAAACUAUCUGUUUGUCUGCUGAUAAUAAGAGUCUCUUUUUUUGGUGUCAAGUACUGAUGACAAAUGAUAGAGAAACAGAAGUCGAGUGUGUACAAAGAUUCACAGUUGCGUACGAGACUCGUCUAUAUGGGAUCAAGGCGAGCUGAUGUACCUCUGGGGUAAGAUUCACGAAAGCACUUACGAACGUGUACAUCUUUCCUCAAUCUUUGACGGCUUUGGUUACAUUUAUUAAACAGUUUACGAGCAUGAAAACUUGCCAAUCAACUGUUGUUAUUGUUAUAAAUAGCC